GAGGAGGGCGAAGACUCCAUCCGCCAUGUUGGAUGCCGCAGAUUCGCCAUAACCUCGCCGGCUCUUUUCUUAAAAAAAUAAAAAUAAAAAGCGAAGCAUCAGCGGGGCGCCCCGCUUUCUCGGUCGGCAAGGGAGGGGGCCCGGAAGAGCUCGAGGCUUUUUUUCCCUCCGCGGUGGGGGCGUUGCCAUGGAAACGCGGGCGGCAGAAAACACGGCUAUCUUCAUGUGUAAAUGUUGUAAUCUUUUCUCACCAAAUCAGUCAGAGCUUCUCUCGCAUGUGUCUGAGAAGCACACGGAAGAAGGGGUGAAUGUGGAUGAGAUCAUCAUUCCCCUUAGGCCUCUGAGUACUCCUGAACCCCCCAACCCAAGCAAAACUGGAGAUGAGUUUUUGGUGAUGAAGAGGAAGAGAGGCAGGCCUAAGGGGUCCACAAAGAAACCCAGUGCUGAAGAGGAGCUCACAGAAAACAUCACAAGUCCAAGCGAGGACAGUCCGCCGGCUCCAGAGGAAGGGAGCAGCCUGGCCCCAGGCAGAUUGGAGUGUAGCAAGUGCUGUCGGAAGUUCUCCAACACGCGCCAGCUGCGGAAGCACAUCUGCAUUAUCGUGCUGAAUUUGGGUGAGGAGGAAGGGGAAGCAGGUAAUGAGUCUGACCUUGAACUGGAAACAAAAUAUAAGGAAGAUGACCGAGAAAAGGCCCCGAAAAGACCACGGACACAGAAAACAGAGAAAGUCCAGAAGCUCACUUCAGGAAAGGAGGCGGGACGGCUCUCUGGAGUGAAGAAACCCAUCAUAAGUGUGGUUUUAACUGCACAUGAAGCUAUACCAGGUGCUACCAAGAUUGUUCCAGUGGAGGCUGGGCCCCCUGAAACUGGAGCUGCAAAUCCUGAGACCACCGCGGCAGACCUCGUGCCUCGGAGAGGGUACCAGGAAUAUGCCAUUCAGCAGACACCAUAUGAGCAACCGAUGAAGUCAAGCAGGCUAGGUCCCACCCAGCUCAAAAUCUUCACUUGUGAAUACUGCAACAAGGUCUUUAAGUUCAAGCACUCGCUGCAGGCCCACCUGAGGAUACACACCAAUGAGAAGCCAUAUAAGUGCCCCCAGUGCAGCUAUGCCAGUGCCAUCAAGGCCAACCUCAACGUGCACCUGCGCAAGCACACUGGUGAGAAGUUUGCCUGUGACUACUGCUCCUUCACCUGCCUGAGCAAGGGCCACCUCAAGGUGCACAUUGAGCGGGUGCACAAGAAGAUCAAGCAGCACUGCCGCUUCUGCAAGAAGAAGUACUCCGAUGUCAAGAACCUCAUCAGGCACAUCCGAGAGGCGCACGAUCUUCAGGACAAGAAGGUCAAGGAGGCCUUGAAUGAGCUCUGCCUGAUGACGCGGGAAGGCAAGCGGCAGCUGCUCUAUGACUGCCACAUCUGCGAGCGCAAGUUCAAGAACGAGCUGGACCGUGACCGCCACAUGUUGGUCCAUGGUGACAAAUGGCCCUUUGCCUGCGAGCUCUGUGGCCAUGGGGCCACCAAGUACCAGGCGCUGGAGCUGCACGUCAGGAAGCACCCCUUCGUGUAUGUCUGUGCCAUAUGCCUCAAGAAAUUUGUCAGCUCCAUCAGGCUGCGCUCUCACAUCAAAGAGGUACAUGGGGCUGCCCAGGAGACUUUGGUCUUCACCAGCUCCAUCAACCAGAGCUUCUGCCUCCUGGAACCUGGUGGGGAUAUCCAGCAGAAAGCCUUGGGGGACCAGCUACAGCUGGCAGAAGAGGAGUUUGUAUUCCAGGGGGUGAAUGCCCCCAAGGAGGAGGCCUGUCCUGGGAAUGCCCAGCCUGAGGAUGGACAGAAGGAGCUGGAGGCCUCCGUGGAAAUGCCCACCCUGGCUGCACACCUGGCCACCCCCCAGGCUGAAGGUGCUUCCCUGCCAUCCUGCAAGUUGGAAACCACUGUGGUCUCAUUGGAUCUGCACUCUCGUGUGGUGGUUUCGGAUGAUUUUUUGAUGAAAAACAAUACCUCCUCUGCUGAGGCUCACGCUGCUGCUACUCCCGAGAAAAUCUCAGAUACCCAGCAUGGAGGCUCAGUCCAGACUCAGGGCGAAGAAAUCACGCUACUGUUAUCCAAGGCCAAAAGUGCUAAACCAAACCAGGAGACUCAGGGUGCCGAGAGCCCUCCAGGUGAAGGGCAGAAAAUGGCUGCCCUUCCAGCCAGCGAACCUGAUCCUGGCAGGUGUCUCAGGUCAAACCCAGCUGAGGCUUCAGACCUCCUUUCCCUGGUAACCAGUGGUGGGAACAUGGUCAUGUGCCAGCCUGACUCUUGCAAACCUGCCUCUGAGCACCGGCCUGGCAUCACUGCAUUCAUGAAGGUCCUGGACAGUUUACAGAAGAAGCAAAUGAACAUCAGCUUGUGUGAGAGGAUCCGGAAGGUUUAUGGAGACCUGGAGUGUGAAUAUUGUGGCAAACUUUUUUGGUACCAAGUGCAUUUUGACAUGCAUGUCCGCACCCACACCCGGGAACAUCUGUAUUAUUGCUCCCAGUGUCAUUAUUCUUCCAUCACCAAAAACUGCCUUAAACGCCACGUAAUUCAGAAACACAGUAACAUCUUGCUGAAGUGUCCCACUGACGGCUGUGACUACUCGACUCCAGAUAAAUAUAAGCUGCAGGCACAUCUUAAAGUUCACACAGAGCUGGAUAAAAGAAGUUACUCUUGCCCUGUGUGUGAAAAGUCUUUUUCAGAAGAUCGAUUGAUAAAGUCACAUAUCAAGACCAAUCAUCCUGAGGUCUCCAUGAGCACUAUCUCCGAGGUUCUUGGGAGGAGGGUUCAGCUGAAAGGGCUGAUUGGAAAGAGAGCCAUGAAGUGCCCCUAUUGUGAUUUCUAUUUCAUGAAGAAUGGUUCAGACCUUCAGCGUCAUAUUUGGGCUCAUGAAG